AUGAACGAGUGGACCUGUGCUGAUGAAAACAUGCAAGCCUACCGAAUGGAGGUGCGCAAACUGGAAAACAAGUUCGAAGGUCUUGAGCUGGUCCACAUUCUGUGGCACAACAACAAAGCCGCCGACGAAUUAGCCAACCUUGGCUCAAAGCGAAUGCAGGUGCCAACCGACAUAUUCGUCGAACACCUUACGAAGCCAACAGUCGAAAAGAAGGCCAAACCGAAGCCAGCCCCGAGUGAAGCAACAGAUGAAGGGAACAAUGGCGAACCGUCGGACUACGACUGUACGGUCGCUGUCAUCAAUGACGACUGGAGAACCCCGAUCAUCAAGUUCCUCACGGAGGAAGUCCUCCCGACCGAUAAAGCAGAAGCCGAGCGCGUCAGUCCACGAAGCUACUGCUACUUCGUGUCAGACGAAGAGCUCCUCCGACAGAGCGUGUCGGGCAUCCUUAUGCGUUGCGUGCUCCCUGAUGAGGGCAACAAAUCCUUAAGUCGAUCCGCUCGGGCCUCUGCGGCAACCACGCCUCAGCCAAGACGCUAG